UUUCGUUUCUUCUUGUACAUAAAUGGUCGAUUGUCGACGAAUAUUAUUUGACUUGAGUGUGGAACAAAGGCUCUGCGAAUCAGUCCGAUCGAAUCAUUUAAAAGAACCUGUUCAAAAGAAUGAUUCGCGAAUCGGACUUCAGAUAACGUAGAGGCGGAGUUCGAGCAGGGUCUCAUGAAUCUGCUCUCGCUGCUCUGAGCCACGGGACCUUCUCUCCGCUGUCCUGGACUGUGUGUGAAACAAUAACUGCAUUCACCAUGUUAUGCCACAUAACUCGACCGGACUCGGUGGUUCUGGAAGUGGAGGUGGACCCAAAAGCAAACGGAGAGGACAUUCUCAAUAAGAUAUGUCGGAAAAUGGGAAUCAUAGAGGUAGAUUAUUUUGGACUUCAGUUCACCGGUACAAAAGGAGAGAUUUUAUGGAUGAAUCUCAGAAACAGGAUUUCUCAACAAGUGGACUGUAUGUCUCCCUGCAGACUGAGGCUGCGAGUGAAGUUCUUUGUUGAGCCACAUCUAAUCCUGCAAGAGCAAACCAGGCAUUUGUUUCUGAUGCACAUCAAAGAAGAGCUUUUUAAAGGAAGCUUGCGCUUGGACGCAGAGCAGGCGAUCGAGCUCUGUGCACUACUGGCUCAGGCAGAGUUUGGAGAUUACACCCAUAACACAGUGAACUACUGCUACUCCCAGAUAUACGGUCAAGACCCCAGCCAUGAUACCAUCAACAAUAUUUUUUUGAGGCAUAAGUCACUGGAGGGUGUUAGUCAGGCUUCAGCAGAAUAUCAAGCGUUGCAGCUGGUUUCCUCCCUCAACUACUAUGGCGUCGAGUGGCACUCCGCAUGUGAUUCUGAGGGACAGGAGCUGCUCAUCGGGGUCGGACCAGAGGGCCUGUUUGUCUGCAAAAUAGAUUUCACCCCUAUUGAAAGAAUCAUUUACCCAGUCAUUCAAAUGGCCACUCAGUCUGGAAGGAUUGUGUAUGUGACCAUUACAAAAGACCGUGGGGACAGUGUGGUUCUUCUUUUUAAGUUCAUCAGUCCCAGUGCUGCCAAUGGACUAUAUCGUGCUAUCACAGAAAUCCAUGCCUUCUACAGGUGUGACACUGUAAUGAGCACAGUGAAGAUGCAAUAUAGCCGUGACUUCAAGGGUCAUCUGGCUUCCCUCUUCCUCAACGAAAGCAUUGACCUUGGUAAAAGGUACAUCUUUGACAUCCAGCGCACAUCCAAAGAAGUAUAUGACCGUGCGCGUCGAACCCUGUUCAAAGCAGGGGUGGCUCUGACCGGAUGUGGUAGCUCAAGAGACGGUUGCAGUCACUCUCCCCUGAGACAGACAAAAGCUGAAAGGGAGGAGAGGAUGUGUGGCGGCUGCAGAGAAACUUGCUUUCUGAAGGAGAAGCUCCAAAGUCUACAAGAGGCCCUGACCUGCUCUCUGUGUUGUGAACAGGAGAUCAACGCUGCGUUCUGCCCUUGUGGACACAUGUUCUGCUGCUAUAACUGUGCCGGCCAACUUCAGUGUUGUCCAGUGUGCCUGUCAGAUGUGUACCGUGUUCAGCAUGUAUAUUUACCCACCUGUGCCAGUCUACUUGACCUGGCAGAGGCAAAAACGACCACCUUCAGUGUGCCCAGAGGGACUGCUGUCUCAGUGGAUUGUGGCGAUGAAGAAAAUACCUGCCAGAUGUAGAUGGAUAACAUCUGCUCACCAUACAUGGACACCAUUGGCAACAGACUAUUUUAAAAAUACAGAAGAAAUGUUAUGAUAAAGUAUACAGUGGUUCUUAAGAGUGAGCUGAAAUGCACAGAGUAAGGCCAGCUAUCCAGAAGUAGGCCUACCUCAAAAGAACAGUUGCUACUGUUAGUUUUCACAGUAUGCACAUCAAAAUACAUACUAAGUAACGCUUUACUGUAAUAAUUUUUUUCCUGAUAAGAGAGAAAAGACCCCCAAAUAGUCAGUUACAGAUAAGACUAAGACAUUAAUCGAAUCUGUAAAGGGUCUACUUUUAUUUGUGUACACUGACAAUAACAACAAACAUUGUGCCUUUGAAAAAUAAACAAAACAACCAGGGUGGGCUUUCUGCCAUCUCCGUGAA